AAUUAAUAUAACGCACUCUAGAAAAAUAAAAAAGAUAUAAAGUUAAUUAAACAUUCUUUACAAUAAUGAACAAAUAAAUCAAGGAAAAAAAUCCUCUCUGUUGACGACUCGAUUCAGCGACAUCAGGCCGCUACCCAUUACGCUACUGAAACAAAAUACAUAAGCAAGAAUCGAAACUUGUACAUAAUUUUACCUUUCUUUUUUGCUCAAAUUGUUAGCCAUUAGCAACUUUUCACGAUUGCAAUGUAUAAUCCUCAUAGACCAGUAUAUAAGUGUACAAAGUUCAAACAAAAUCUGUGGUUAGAAAUGUGAUGAAGAUGCCCUUGUAAGUCGGAGUGGGCUUCCCUUAAUAAUUAUUUCAAGUUCUUACCAUUGAAACGCUGCCAAUAUGCGACGGAAAGGAAAAUACUUGAGGCAAACGUAGGGGUGGAAAGAUUAAAAAAAGAAGAUAGAUAGAAAAGACUCCAUUGAAGAUAUAUAAAAAGUUAUCUAGCGAUUUAAGGUAACGUAUAAAUAAUUAAUUAGCCAGCGCCGGGGACGGAAGGUAAGGUAGCGCUAAUAAAGGUGAACACCUGCUAAUCUCAUCUGUAUUGUUAUCUGGUAACAUAAUGCAUACAAACAAAAAAAAACAACAACAACAAUAACAAAUAAUGUUUAAUAUAUAAUUGAUUUCAUUAAUAUUGUACUGUACUAUUAUAAAUUACUUUGAAAAUGAUGAAAAAUAAUGUAAGAUUACGAUUAUCCAAACACCUAUCCAACCACCUUGCAACUUUCCUGUACAAUUUUUACAUAACAAUAUCAUCUUUAAACUCCAUCAAAAUGUCUUCAGAUUUUUUAGAAUACUGUAAAAGAAAAAAGAACCAAAGUGAUAUUCUUUAAGAAAAAAUAAUUAUCUUGUUCAUCUAAUAAUGUUUCGCAGUACUGUUUAUCGAUUGGCAUGAAACAGGCCCGAAGCGCCACGCGCAAGACCUCACUUUCAUUGUGGGCCAACGGUUCUCGUUGUUCAUUUGUGUAAUCAUUAUAUCACGCAUCCUGUUUCAUCCCGUUUUACAAACGUUAAAGAGAAACGAUUUUUAGUCUAACUAAUUCUGAAGUUGAUCAUCCAAAAAUUGAUCGAUACAACAUUCUUAUCGGCAAUUCUCAAAACGAACGAAAACUGAUUGCUCUCGAAAACCGUUCAUACACUGAACUUCUUCUCUCGAUUCACGGUUAUAUAAAAAUGCAGCCACACACAGCAGCGAUGUCUCCCUGUCGGGCCUACGCAACCGUUGCACACAUCCCCCUCUACCUAACACUUUUCGCAGGUAUAAAGUACGCGACAAAUUUUUGCUCGCUUUCUUCGUUCACCCACAUCUUUCGACACAGCAAGGAUCGCGUACAUCAUUGUACAUUUCAAAAAAAUGUCACGGGAAAAGCAAUCAUCGUCCGAUGAUCGUUCAAUGGAAAUAAAUCAAGAUGACUUAAGCGGUACCAUGGUAGCAUCAUUUGAGUGUCAAAAUGUGAACAUAGAUGAUUCCGUACCCGAGAUCGUAUUAUCGAAUAAAGGUGGUCCAAAAUUGAUUCACAAUGAUUACAUGUACACAAUGCAUAAGAAACACCCUCAACACAUCCGUUGGAGAUGCGUCGGUAGAACAACCCAUUGCAGAGGAACUCUCUUAACAACAAAAAAUUGCAGGAAGCCGCAAGUAAGUAUAGAGCAUAAUCAUAAACCGAAUUUUGCAGCUGCUCAAUUGGCGAGGAAACGUUAUCUGGAACUUGGAAAACCACACGUAUUGAUGAUGUCAUCUGAAGAAAAAGGAAAUGUUCAUCAGUCAUUCGAUGAAAUGGAACCAGUUACAAUUUUAUCAAAAAAAGAUGAAAUCGACAAAUGUAGAAAUUACGAGGAUCGUCAGCGAUGGAAGAAACGUAUUGCUAAAAGAAAAAUUUUACAGUCCAACACGCCUGUCUCACAAUCUAAUGCAACUACCACUAAAACCAUUAGAAUAGCAACUCAAUCGUUUAUGAGGCCACAUAUAAGAAAUAUCGCGCCAGCACCCUCCCCACAGCAACAGCAACAACGACAACCAAAGACUCUUGUAUUAAAAACGAUACCAUUAAAGGUGAAGCAGGUUGCGCCAACAACGAUUAAGAUGCCACCGAGACAGACUCCACAAGGCGUGCCACAAAAUAUUGUGCAUCAACAACCUACGGAGGUGUGUCUAAGGUGGAAUAGUUACCAUAGUAACAUGCAGAAUAGUUUCCCAUCCCUUCUGGAUUCGGAACAGUUUGUUGACGUAACCUUAGCUUGCGAAGGACGAUCUCUGAAAUGUCACAAGAUGAUUUUAUCCUCGUGUAGCGAUUAUCUGGCAGAUUUGUUGCGAGAAAAUCCUUGUCAGCAUCCCAUAAUCUUAAUGAAAGAUUUAAAAUUCUGGGAAGUUGAAGCAUUAGUCAAGUUCAUGUAUCGCGGUGAAGUUAAUGUUGCCCAUGACAAAUUACCUCAAUUAUUAAAUGCAGCUGAGGCAUUACAGGUUAAAGGAUUAGCUGGUCCUAGUCCUUCCUCACAGAACUCGAAACCACCGAUGCUUAUACCUCAAACAAAAACGUUAAUAUCUCAACCAGUAGUGCCACAUAUUGUAAACGAAACCAAAGAAAACAAGCCUUCUACUUCUGGCGUCCCUACUCUUUCUAGUCCUAAACGCGCGCAAAAAAGACAACAAUCGGAACCUCCUGAGCCACGACCUUUCACAAAAAUUCGCUUACAAAGACCAAUUACACCAACAUCUCCUCCCACAACAGUAAAAACUGAACCCUUGGAUAUACCUCUAAGUCCCACCGAAAUAUUUCCCGAAAGUAAUGAAGAUAACUCAAAUCCAGUGAAUUUUGAAAAGCUUAUCAGUUUUCACGAGGAAGACGAUCCAGGUGGUGAUGAUCUCAAUGAUGAAAGCAGAGAAAUUAAUUUCUGUGAAAUACCUGGUCCACCGGAUUUGAAUGAUUGCGAAGAUCAGAUGGAAUUUGUACCUACGGACUUUCUAGAACAAGAACAAGAUAUCGUUGAAGAAUCGGAACCAGGUUGUAAUAAAGAUGGUAAAGAUGACUUGACUGAUCACAGCUCUAUUGAUGUUGGAGAAGGUGAUGAUGAACGAGAUGGAGAAGAAGAGGAAGAACCAUGCUCGAAGGAGGGCAAGACAGAGUAAAACGAUUUUACUUGCUAUUGUUAAAAUGCAACUAAAUGGCAAUUCAAUCCAAAACGAAAAAACAAAUACGUUCGAAUUAUCUGCGAACGUUGUCGUUAAUAUUGUUAUGAAGUUUACAGUAAGUCAAUCAUAACAUUAUUCACAUUUCAAAUUGAGUUUUUAAGAUACAGAUUCGUAUAAACGAUACAAUUUUUUCAUUAUAUAUAUUACUGGUGGGCAGGCCGGAAAGUAUAACACAAAAUUUUAUCAAAACAAAAUGAGUGCACUAAUACAUUCUACAUUGUGUAGAACUAAUAAUUCUGACUGUACUCAUUUGGCUGUCCACCACAAAUAUGUGAAUGAAGAUAAUUCAUAUCGAUUAUUUGCUCAAGAAAAAUGUACAUACGUAUUUUAUCAGUUAUCGUGAUAUUUUCAGGAACAAAGUGCAUUAUAAUAAUAUUUAACGAAAUUAAUGAUUUAUUUUCUUUGGCUGAAUGUGUUUUGAAUUUUUUAAUUCAAAUUUAUGCGUUUUUGUGUGAUCUAAGCGUAAUUUAACUAUUUUAAGAACUAGAAGAAUAUGAUAAUAUUCCACUUGCUUCCAAGUUACAUAUUAAAUCAUUGUCUCAUUAAUUAAUGAUAAAUCGAAGCUAUUGGUAGCGAAACCAGUUUGAUGGCUUUAAACGAUACGCCAAAGAAUCGAGCGUGAUAAGAUUAAAAAAGUCUUUAAACAUUAAAAAAAUCAAAGCUUCCGCACGAACUGAAACAUUAUUCUGUUACUGUUGAUUUUGGAUUUUAGCCCUUGUCGGUUAUAUAUUACCUUUGACGUGAUGUUUUAAUUCUAACAAUCGUAUUUCACGUGAGAGGUGACAAGACUGAACAAGUAAAAACCUAUUGAUUGCCGAGUAUAAAUUUGCAACCUGUGAAUACUUAUUUUUAGGUUUAAAAAUUUACAAGUUAGAAGUCAACACAUAUAGUGAUACUUCAGUGAUUGUUUUACGUGUACUUUAAUAUUUAUUAUAAUGAUGAUGAAGUUUAUAAAAAUUUUGAAGAUUCUAAUUUAUAAUCAUUUUAAAAAUGCUUAAAAUCUUUCUGUCUUAUAAAAUAUUAUUUUUUUUACAGAGAUUUUACGUUUAGAAAUUCAUUUCUUUAUAUUCUAAAAUUUGAAAAUCUUAAUAUUUAAUUUUAAAGGGUGUUUAUUCUAAUAAAUAUUUUGUAUGUUAUAUUUGAAUUAAAAUCAGUGUACUAAUAAUAAUUCAAAAAUAAGUUUAGAUAAAAUUACAAUAAAAUAAUAUAUUUUCACUCGGAAUAAUCAUAUUAAAAUACCAUUACCAAAAAGAAAAUACCUACGAAACGAUAAGUUCUAUAUCAACCCUUUGACCGAUAAGGGUUAAAAUCUACAAAAAAUAUUUUAUUUUUCGUAUUUAUAACUGAAAAUAUAGCUAUAGAACAAUCUAUAUAAUUAUUUAUUUUCGAAGAUAAGUUUUUUAUUUGAUAUGCAUAUCGAUAAAAACUUUAUAAUCGGCAUUCGAUGGAAAUGCAUUUAAAUAUUAUACGAAUUUGUCAGAAAUUUAUGUAUCUUCUUUCGGUGUUAAAAUUCUAUUUGAAAAUAUCGAUGCAUUUAUACAAAUUAGAAAUAAAUUAAGAAUGCAUUCGAUUAUCUGUAAGUAAGUAUUUAGAUUGAUCGCAUGUCUACAAGAUUUUAUAUAAUACCUUCAUUUAAAUUUUAGAUUCUAGAUUGUUGUACUCGUUUAUUUAACAUUUCGAAGGUCGUGCAUUGCGUCUUAUUGUAAAAAUUCUAAUAAAUAAACAAAGAAGAUUGGUUUAUUAAUUAAAAAUAUUACAGUAUACGUGUUAAAGGGCAGUAUUGCGUAAAUAUUCAAUCGAUCGCAAGAUGUCGAUUCUACGAUUGGAAAGUAUAUGUACAUUGUAAUAUGUGAAAUAUUAUGUCUUAUAAAUAAACAGCUAUUACAACGUAUGGCAAAA